AUGUCGUCGACUAAAACCGAUGCCCGAUGGGCACAGAAAGGUGUGACCGUUGCUGAAGGCCACGGAUGGGGCAAAGCCACAAAUCAACUCUGGUGCCCUUUUGGUCUCUUCGUUGAUGAUGAUCAAACGAUUGUCAUCGCUGACUGCUGGAAUCAUCGUAUCAUCCAAUGGAAGAAGGGUAAUACGAAUGGACAAGUAGUAGCUGGUGGCAAUGGCAAAGGAAAUCGAUUGGAUCAAUUGGAUCAACCAACCAAUGUGCUGAUCGACAAAGAGACUGAUAGUCUUAUUAUUUGCGAUUGGCUGAAUCGACGAGUUGUGCGAUGGUCUCGUCGCAGUGGCACGACUCAAGGAGAAAUCCUCAUAGACAAUGUCGAUCCUUGGGGACUGGCCAUGGAUGAUCAGAGAUAUCUCUACAUCUCUGACUACGAGGAACAUGAAGUAAGACGAUACCAAAUAGGAGACAAGAAUGGAACUCUCGUGGCUGGUGGCAAUGGCGAAGGUGAUGGUCUCAAUCAACUCAACAAUCCGCACUACAUCUCUGUCGAUCAACAACAGACUGUCUACGUGUCAGACACCUAUAAUCAUCGUGUGAUGAAAUGGAAUAAAGGUGCAAAAGAAGGAAUUGUCGUCGCUGGAGGUCAAGGCCAAGGGAAUGCUCUGACACAAUUCUAUUAUCCUAAUGGACUGUUCGUCGAUACGUUGGGUACCAUCUAUGUGGCAGACUCGUGGAAUAAUCGAGUGAUGCGUUGGCCUAAAGAAGCGAAACAAGGCACUGUCAUUGUGGGUGGAAAUGGCCAAGGAGCAGGUGAAAAUCAGUUCAACCGUCCCAAGGGUUUGUCCUUCGAUCGACAAGGCAAUCUCUACGUCGUCGAUGUGAGAAAUCAUCGUGUUCAACGUUUUUCAAUCGAAUGA